UAACUCUUCACUCUCUGACAUCAACAUUUUUUUAAAGGUAUAUUUCUCAUAUAACCUUGUGGCCUUAAUAUCUGAAGUUGGUGGUUGGAUUGGAAUUCUAUUGGGUUACAGCUUACUGAACUUUGGAAACUACGUUGAAUGUUUUGUAUAUGGUUUUAACAGAAGACUCUCUAGAUUAUUAUUUUUCUUGAUUUUAUUGGGUCUGGUCAUGGUCAUGGCACUUCAAGUCUAUGUGUCCUUGCUUAAAGUGGAUUCUAAACCCACAGGAACCUCAGUUGAAUUCAAAGAAUUAAACUCAGUCAUCAACAUGUCUUUGACAGCUUGUAAGAUAGAUUAUGAUAUGCAUGAUAUUGAUGAUCAUAUUCAGCCACUGAUUUAUGUGGGUUCCAAGAAUAGGGAUGAAUUCAUUGAUGAAUUUGUCAGUGAGGCUGGCAACUCUACAAUCAGUUCAUUCUACUGGUUUGAUAAUGAAUUGAUACACAUUUGCAAAACUAUUGAUUUAAAUGAAUCAGAGGAGAUCAAGAUUAUUCAUUCCUAUGGAAUGGGCCGGGGAACAGAUCCUAAAAAUAUGAAGCUGUAUAUUCAUGAAACUGGAUUAUUUGGGUCAGGAUAUGAGAUUAAGUUCCAGACGGAAUGGUAUGAAGGAAACAUAGUUGUUCUUUUAGACCUAGAGCAGAUUAUAAAUAUACCUGAUCCAAGUGUGUGCAAUCAAGGAUAUCUGUUUGACCAAUGCAAGCAGAGAUUUAUCUCAGAAGAGUUUAAAACAGGCACAAGUUGCUCUCUAAAGCUACCAAGGUAUGGUAACAUGAAUGCAUGAACAAUGUACAAAGAAGAUUAUGUUUAACACCUUCUGGGUAUCUUUUGAUUUGCUUGGGUUAGCAUAUUUUCCAUUACUAAACAGGGAGAUAGUUUUCAUCUGUAAUAUUUCAGCAAUUCAGACUGUACAAAAACAGUACUAAAAUGUGACAAGGA